CCGGCCGGUGACUUACGGGAGGCGGUGGCGCGGGCUCCGGCUCCCUCUCCAGCUCCGGUUCCGUCGCGCGCUCCCCGCCGCCUGCGUCCCGCCGGCCCAGCCCUCGCCGCAGCCAUGUCCAAGGAGGCGCGGGCCGGGCGUGAGGAGAUCAUGGAGUGCCAGGUGAUGUGGGAGCCCGACAGCAAGAAGCGCGCGCACAUGGACCGCUUCCGGGCGGCCGUCGGCGCCGCCCGCGGCCGGUCGCUGGAGAAUUACAAUGACUUGUACCAUUGGUCAGUUGAGUCAUAUUCAGACUUCUGGGCAGAGUUCUGGAAAUUCAGCGGAAUUAUCUUCUCGCGCAUGUAUGAUGAGGUAGUCGACACAUCAAAAGGAAUUGCAGACGUCCCCGAGUGGUUCAAAGGCAGCCGUCUCAACUACGCAGAGAACCUCCUGCGGCACAAGGAGAAUGACAAAGUCGCCCUUUAUGUUGCGCGGGAAGGCAAGGAGGAGAUUGUGAAGGUGACUUUUGAAGAGUUGAGGCAGCAGGUGGCCUUAUUUGCUGCAGCAAUGAGGAAGAUGGGUGUGAAAAAAGGGGAUCGGGUGGUCGGCUACUUGCCCAACAGCGAGCACGCUGUGGAAGCCAUGCUGGCCGCGGCGAGCAUUGGCGCCAUCUGGAGCUCCACAUCCCCGGACUUUGGUGUAAAUGGUGUCCUGGACCGGUUUUCUCAAAUUCAGCCAAAGCUGAUCUUCUCGGUGGAGGCCGUUGUCUAUAAUGGCAAAGAGCACAGCCACAUGGAGAAGCUGCAGCAGGUGGUUAAAGGACUACCAGAUUUGAAAAAAGUGGUGGUGAUUCCUUACGUCGCCUGCAGAGAGAAGAUCGAUAUUUCCCAGAUUCCAAACAGCGUGUUCCUGGAUGACUUCCUCGCCGGCGGCUCUGGCGACCAGGCCCCGCAGCUGGAGUUCGAGCAGCUGCCCUUCAGCCACCCACUGUUCAUCAUGUUCUCCUCGGGCACCACGGGCGCGCCCAAGUGCAUGGUGCACUCUGCCGGGGGCACCCUCAUCCAGCAUCUGAAGGAGCACCUGCUUCACGGCGACAUGUCCAGCGGCGACGUGCUCCUGUACUACACCACGGUCGGCUGGAUGAUGUGGAACUGGAUGGUGUCGGCCCUGGCCACAGGCGCGUCCCUGGUCUUGUACGAUGGCUCCCCUCUGGUCCCCACACCCAACGUGCUCUGGGACCUGGUCGACAGGAUAGGCAUCACCAUCCUCGGGACCGGGGCCAAGUGGCUGUCCGUGCUGGAAGAGAAAGACAUGAAGCCAGUGGAAACCCACAGUCUGCAGACGCUGCGCACGAUCCUGUCCACGGGCUCACCGCUGAAAGCCCAGAGCUACGAGUACGUCUACAGCUGCGUGAAGGGCAGCGUCCUCCUUGGCUCCAUCUCAGGUGGCACCGACAUCGUGUCCUGCUUCAUGGGCCAGAACCCGUCUGUGCCCGUGUAUAAAGGGGAGAUCCAGGCGCGGAACCUGGGCAUGGCGGUGGAAGCGUGGAGCGAGGAAGGGAAGGCAGUCUGGGGGGAGAGCGGCGAGCUGGUGUGUACGAAGCCGAUUCCUUGCCAGCCCACGCACUUCUGGAACGAUGAGAACGGGAGCAAGUACAGGAAGGCGUAUUUCUCCAAAUUCCCAGGUGUCUGGGCACACGGCGACUACUGCAGGGUCAACCCCAAGACUGGGGGCAUCACCAUGCUUGGCCGCAGUGACGGCACGCUCAACCCCAACGGCGUGCGGUUCGGCAGCUCGGAAAUCUACAACAUCGUGGAAGCCUUCGAGGAGGUGGCGGACAGCCUGUGUGUCCCCCAGCAGAACAGGGACCGGGAGGAGAGGGUGGUCCUCUUCCUGAAGAUGGCCCCCGGGCACGCGUUCCGGCCGGAGUUGGUGAGGAGGAUCUGCGACGCCAUCCGCGUGGGCCUGUCUGCGCGGCACGUGCCCAGCCUCAUCCUGGAGACCAAGGGCAUCCCGUACACACUUAACGGCAAGAAGGUGGAAGUGGCCGUGAAGCAGAUCCUCGCCGGGAGAGCCGUGGAGCACCGGGGGGCUUUCUCCAACCCCGAGGCCCUGGACCUGUACCGGGACAUCCCCGAGCUGCGGGACUUCUGACGGUGUGUGCCGUUCAAUGCACAUGUGUGUGCUGUGACUUCCGUAUGUUCCAGAAGUUACUGAGACGCCUACGGCUGUUUUACAGGGACGUUUGCACCAAGCACUCUGCAGGCUUGGGGAAGAAUCGUUUCUCUGUUUUGUGGUUGACUCCGGGGGUGCCUCGGUCUUCUGCAUCCUGGAGCGGGAUUCUGGCUCUCAGAG